AUGCGCCCCAGAACUUCCGAAACCCAGCCCUCGCAGGCCGCUGCCGCUCCCUCGAACCAUCACCAAGGGAUCGCAUCGGCCCCGCCUCCACCUGACGCUCACCACGAUCAACACACACAAUACCAUCACCAUCGCGAAUCCAGUCAGCAGCAGCCUCACGAACCCUCGUCACAGGGCGGCGCAAACGUUGGCCAACCUUCCUUUUCCUCCUACCAUCAGACCUUCCCCGUCAUACCGUCAUCCUACUACCAUGAACCCGGCUCCUUUGCCCACGACGAUUACGACGACUACGAAGACUAUGACGAUGAUACCGACGAAGCCGACGAUGACGACGACGAUGACCUGGACAUGAGCGACAGCGACGGAGGCGCUCCCUUGGAUCAUAUAAUGACCGUCACCAGUCUUCUCUCCCCAAUGCCCGUGGCCGAGGCCAGCACAAACCCUACCGAACCCUACCCCGGGAACCUUGACGGCGAGCAACCCUCUCAUCCGGCACUGGAGCAUCAUAAUGCAUCCAGCGAACCACCUGCCCACAUGGUCAACUACUGGAGCAUACCGCUUGCCACCGGGCAUGGUUUUCUUGACCCGACAGGACCUCAAAACCCCACCCCGUUCGACACCACUCCUUUCCACCCCUUGCUACAUGCCGGAAACAUGGAGGAGGAUGACGAGAGUGACGACGUCUUCUACCCGAGCGUCGCCGAGCAGCUGCAGCAGUUCCAAGUGGUCGCCGUCGACGAGGAAGAGGCGGCGUGGCAAGCAACCGGUCCUCCGGCCAUCAGCAAUCCUAUCUCCAGCACUCUCGGGCCAGAAAACCCGGGGCUGACCGACUUUCUCAAAGACUGGGCCUGGCGCAACCGUUAUCAGUCUCGUGGUCCCAGUCCUGGUAUUCGCCAGAUCAACGAGCAGGCAGCACGGAAGAUCACGCGAGUCCGCUACUCGGACCUCCAGGGCAACCGGUGUGAUGCGCAAGGCAUCGAUUGGAAUGACUUGGGCGUCACACGGAAGAACGCUCGCGAACGUCGAAGCCUGGAUUACAAGAAUUACACUAACAGGUCAGAUUCGGAUAUCUGGGCCCCACACCUACCCGACAGGAUCAUUCGGAACACAGAAGACCUCUUCAGGUUCCGCCGCAUGGACAUCCGUCAAAACGUCCACCUGGCCCAUUUCCAGCUGCGCAACAUUUUGGCAUGCGCAGGGCGGAGCCAUGCCUUCUACCCUGGCCAGGGAGCCGUACACCAGAUCAACCCAGUGUCUGGCGAGAGCGAGGUGGCCAUGGACCUAAACGACAUGAUUGGGGUUCAGAUCUCGACCUUGGAUGCGAACUGUGACCUCCUCAUCGCAGGCACCUUCAACGGCGAGUACUGCAUGCGAAACAUCUACAGCCAGGACAAGAAGUACACCGAGGGACAAAUCACCAGCCACAUCAGUGGCAUCACCAACCACCUGCAGAUUCACCAGUCGAGAAACUCAUCGGCACCGCUAGCAGCGUUCGCGUCCAACGAUCAAGGCUUCCGUGUCAUGGACGUCGCCACGGAAAAGUUUGUUCUCGACACGCAGUAUGGCUGCCCCAUCAACUGCUCCGCCCUGUCAGCCGACCGCCGCUUGCGUGUAAUGGUCGGUGAUAACUACAACGUCCUCAUCGCCAGUGCAGACACUGGUGAGAUACUACAAGAGCUGGGUGGCCAUAGAGACUUUGGCUUUGCCUGCGACUGGUCCGACAACGGCUGGACGGUCGCAACGGGCUUCCAAGACAUGAGUGUCAAGCUAUGGGACGCCCGGAUGUGGACCAACUCGGAUGGUAGCAGCAAACCACUCACCACCAUUCGAUCCGAGAUGGCAGGCGUUCGCAGCCUCAGGUUCUCUCCCACGGGCAGUGGUCCCCAAGUUCUCGUUGCGGCUGAAGAAGCCGACUAUGUCAACAUUAUUGACAUUCGAACUCUCGCACAUAAACAAACAUUCGACAUCUUUGGAGAGAUUGGAGGUGUUGAAUUCACAAACGACGGUCAAGAUCUAAACAUUCUCUGCAUGGACCGGACUCGUGGAGGGUUGGUCCAGCUGGAACGCUGCAACGUGGGCUACGACGCUGAGGCCGACUUCAAAUAUUCACAUCAGGCAGCACCAUUGGAUCCUUGGUGGGAGGCCAGUCAGGCCGGCUCUUUUACCGACACAAAGAUGACUGGGCCAAAGACGGCGGCCUGGCAAGAAAGAAGUACCAUCUUCUUUGAUGAUCUGGAGCCUUUCUGA